AUGAAGACUACAAUUCUACUGUUUUGUCUUCUAGGAUCAACUCAGUCCUUACCAAGGCAUCUGAACCCGGCUUUGGGACUUACUCCAACAAAGUUGGCUCCGGAUCAGGCCACACUACUGAACCAACAGCACCCAAAUCAGGUCUUCCCUUCUUUAAGUGUAAUACCAUUAACACCGAUGCUCACACUGGGGUCAGAUCUGCAUCUGUUAAAUCCCACUGCAGGGAUGACAGCUGGCCCACAGGCCCACCCAUUGCCCCUGGGGGGGCUGAACGUACAACAGCAGCUGCAACCACAGAUGUUACCAAUUUUUAUAGCACAACUUGGAGCCCAGGGUACUAUCCUAAGCUCAGAGGAAUUGCCAGUGGCCCCACAGAUCUUCACAGGUCUCAUCAUCCACCCCUUGCUCCCCGGAGGCACCCUGCCCACCACUCAGGCAGGGGCUAACCCAGAUGGCCGGAGGGGAAGCCUUCCUGCAGGACAAGCAGGAGUAAAUCCUGCCACCCACGGAACCCCAGAGGGCCACCUCCCAACUCCCAGAGACACCGAUGAUGAGUUUGGAGUGACAACCCCUGCAGGCAUCCGAAGGGGCAUGCACACUACCGAGGAAACCACCACAGAACCCCCAAACGGUAAAUUCUCCCAGCUUAGAAAAGGCUCCUUGGCCAUGAAAGCCAUCUGCAGAAUGAGAGAGAAGAGUUCUUUGUCUUGCCUUGACAAAUGCAGAUCUUAA